AUGGUUUAUUUUGAUCAGGAUUUGGUAUAUUCGGUUCCAGUAGCUGCAAGUCUGGGAAUUUCAAUGUGUGGAAAUGAUUAAGUGGGUGACUCAUGCUUUAUUUCUGAGUCAAUUCAAGAUCAUUCAGGUCCUACAGUAGUAAUUUUGCUCAUGACUACUUUAACCGCAGAUGGUAGUGUUUAAUCUUGGGGAAUUAGAGAUGUCUAUAUAUAUGUUGAGAAAUGUCCUGAUGGAUGCUUAAUAUGCAAAGCCACUGAUUUAGCUAUUUAAUGUUUAACUUGGUAGCCAUUUUAUAGUAGUUGGACCUAACUAAAUGUAAAUGAAAUAUUAUCCGAUGGUUGGAACGUACAAUAUGGAAUUGCUGAAGCAACAGAAUGUGGAUCUACUGCUAUAUUAGGUGGUUCUUAAAAGUUAGAUAAGGGUACUGUUGUCGGUAGGUCCUUUUUUAACAUUCCAAAACAUGACAAAUUGAAGAUUUAAUUUUUAUGGGCGAAAAUUGGGGAUUGGAAUAAUUAUGAAGCAGAUCUAACAGUAGCUGGUGCUUCGGUUUGGAAAAAAUAAUUUGGAUCGUCUGAUGGUUACGAUUGGUAGAUUUGUGGAGAGAUAUAAUAACCAUAAUCAGAAUAUAAAACAUAGUUUUAUAGAGUUGAAGUAGAAUUAGAUCACACGAGCAGUCAAUUAGAUGUUUCAAAACACUCCAGUAAAUAUAAAACAACACCAUCAUCAUUUGGCAUCAGAGACUUUGAACGUAUUGGACUGGGGUUAUCGAUUUCAUUUGUGAAUAUUGCCAUAAAUCAUGUUACAAAUUGUGAUGGCUCAAAUUCAGAAGACUGUACUGAUUGUGGAGACCCUAUGAUAUAUUAAAAAUAAUUAGUGGCUGGUUAAUGUACAUGCUUAGCAAGAACAAUUGAAUAGUAUAACAUUGAUGGGACUACUUCAUGUUAAACUUGCCAUCCUAAAUGUGAGAGGUGUUAUAAGCCUUUUGAUAAUACUGUUAAUUAAUAUUGCACAAUGUGUUUAGAAGGAUAGAAUAGAGUUGUUUCUGAUUAAUUUAUGUGUGUUUGUAGAACAGGUUAUGGUGAUGAUGGCAUUUCUGAAGUUUGCUUUAAAUGUCAUUAUACUUGUGAACAUUGUAAUGGUUUCUUAGCAAAUAAUUGUACAAGCUGCUCAUCAUCCUCCAAUCGUAUUCUGACUUCUGAUAAUCAAUGUUUAUGCAACUUAGGAUAUUAAGAUACUGGAAUCAACGAUAUCAUCUGUAAAAAAAUUUGCCAUAAUACAUGCUCUAGUUGUACAUUUGUCGGAAUAGAUCAAUGUACAAGUUGUCCAGUUACAAGAAAACCAGAUAAAAUAGGAACCACUUUUCAAUGCUUAUGCGGAAAUUCUCACUAAUAUAGUGAUGACACAAAAUUAGAAUGUUAGGAAUGUCAUUUCACUUGUUUAACUUGUAAUGGAGGUUACGAUAGUAACUGUUUAACCUGCGACAUUGCUUAUCGGUAAUUAUCAAUGUAGAAAUGUAUUUGUCCGAAUGGGUAUUACGACUAAGGCUAAUUAAUCUGCUCCCCUUGCCAUUAUAAGUGUAUGACCUGUUUUGGUCCAGCUGAAAAUAAUUGUCUAACAUGUGCGAAUAGUAACAAUAGAGUAUUGAGGACUAAUCUAUGUUUAUGUCCAGAUACUUAUAUGGAAAAAUAGGCUGACCCUAUGUGCUACAAAUGCUCAUAUCGCUGUUCUAGUUGCAGCAUAGAAAUAGAAAAUUGUACAGCUUGCCCACCUCAAUCUUAUAGGGAUCUAGGAACAGAUAAUUCAUGCUCUUGCCAAGCUAAUAUGUACGAAUAACCUAAUAAUCCAAUUUGCAUUCCCUGUCAUUAUACUUGCUUAACAUGUAAUGGACCUGAAUCAAAUUAAUGCACAUCCUGUUAUACUUAAAUUAUGAGAUAAUUGGAUCCCUCAGGGUCUUGUUUAUGUAUGAAUAGUUACUAUGAUCCUGGAUAAGCUGGUUGUUUAGCAUGCAAUCCCCGUUGUUUGAAAUGUGUAAACUCUGCUGAUAAUUGUAUAUCUUGUAAACCAGAUAGAUACUUACAGGGCAAUACUUGUAUUUGCCCAAACAAGAUAAAUGGUGCCCUCAUUAGCAAGUACGAAAAAUCAGGCAAAGUUGAUUGUUGUCAUUAUACUUGCCUUGAAUGUUAUGGAUCCGAAUUUAAUCAAUGUAGUAAAUGUUUGGAUAGUGAGGGUAGAAUAUUAUCAAAUUCUACUUGUAUUUGUGCCUCACCAAAUGUUGAUAUUGGAGAACCAUAAUGUUAAAAAUGCCAAUAUAGUUGUGAAACUUGUGAAAGCAUGCUUACCAAUUGUUUAACUUGUGCUCCAAAUACUUUUAGAAAUUUAUCAAUUUCACGGUGCGUUUGUUAACAAGGAUAUUUUGAUGAUGGAUCUAAUCCUAUAUGCUAAAAAUGCCACUAUUCUUGCUAAUAUUGCUCCUCCUUUUCUACAAAAUGCGAUACAUGUUCAUCUACAUUCAAUAGAGUAUUAAAUCCAUUGAUUUUUACUUGUAACUGCAUGGAAUCUUAUUAUGAUAUUGGAGUUGAAGCUUGUUAGAAAUGCCAUUAUUCUUGUUUGGCUUGUAAUUCUUUUGGAAAUGAAUUUUGUGAAUCCUGUAAAGACAAGUCAAUUUCUUUUCGAGUCUUUAAUAAAGGAGUCUGUGUUUGUUUGCCUGGAUAUUUUGAUGAUGGAAUGUCUCCUAAUUGUCAGAAGUGCUAAAUUUCAUGUUUGACUUGUUAAAACACUGCAACCUAUUGUACAUCCUGUGAAUCAACGAGACAUUUUGAAGGGAAUAGUUGUUUAUGUAAUACAGGUUAUUUUGAAAUUGGUCAGGUUUUAUGUGAUAAAUGUGAUCAGAAUUGUUUAGAAUUGCUCAAUUAAUCCGAAGAUGUAAUUAUAAAUAAAAUAACUAAAACUUGCAUUUGCAAGCCUGGAACUAUUGAAAUUGAUGAAUAAUGCCAAGAUUGUGAUAUUACUUGUAAUACAUGUGAAAAUUCACUCACUAAUUGUACUUCUUGCAAAUCUUUGAGGUUAUUAUUUAACAAUUAAUGCAACUGUAUAGAUGGUACAUAUGAGAGUGGCAAUGAUAAACAGUGUUUAUAUUGUAGUAAAACUUGCGAAACAUGUAUCAACUAAGAGAACUAUUGUACAACAUGUUCACAGGAUAAUUUUAGAAUACUUUCUUUAGGAAAUAUUUGUGUAUGCAAGGAUGGAUAUUAUGAAGAUACAGUUUCUUUAGAUUGUAAAUCUUGCGAUUCGUCUUGUUUAACUUGUAAUUUAUUUUCUACUUAUUGCCUAACUUGUAAUGCUUUGUACAAUCUCAGUCUGGAUGCCUCAAAUAAAUGCGUUUGUUCUCCAGGGUUCUAUUUUAAUUCUUCGAAUUCAAAAUGUGAAGCUUGUCCGAUUUAGUGUUAAGAGUGUAGGUCAUAGCUAGAAUGCACAGAAUGUGAAGAUUUUACUAGAUAUCUUGAUCCAAAUAAUUUAGAAUGUCCAUGCAAAGACGGAUAUUAUGAGGUUAAUGCAAAGAAUUGUUAAUUAUGCGAUUAUAGUUGUAAGACUUGUUAAACUUCACCUACAAAUUGCUUAUCAUGUGAAUCACUCUAUUAUAGACUUUUAAAGUCUAAUUAAUGUAUUUGUUAGGAUGGAUAUUAUGAUAUUGGGAUUGAGAUGUGUUAACUAUGUGACCCAAUUUGUUUUACUUGUUAGUAGUCUUCAACUUAAUGCACUUCUUGUAACUAUACCCAACACUUUAGAUCAUUAAAUCUAAAUCAAUGUAUUUGUUAAAGUGGAUACUAUGAUAUUGGUUAAUUAAUUUGCCAAAAGUGCUCCAAUCAAUGUCUCACUUGUUAAGGGUAAAAAGAUUUUUGUACAAGUUGUGAUAUUUAUCAAUAUAGAAUUGAUCAAUCUUUUAUCAAUAAAUGCCCUUGUUAAUAAGGUUUUUAUUAAGAUAUCAGUAAAAUAUGUCAAAGAUGUCAUUAUAAAUGUUAAACCUGUGUUGACUAGAAAGAUAAUUGUUUAAGUUGUGUUUAAUCUUAAACUUCAAAUAGAUUAAGCAUCUCUAAGAAUUGUAUUUGCAAGGAUGGGUACUAUGAUAACAACAUGUAAUCAGAUUGCUUAAAAUGCAGUCCAUAAUGUAGAUUGUGUUAAAACUCAUCAAAUAAUUGUUUAAAUUGCUAUGGAGAUCUAAGAGAAGCACCUCCAACUUGUAACUGUAAACUUGGUUAUUUUGAGACUUUCUCUGGGAUUUGCGAACCUUGUGAAAAUUAAUGUUAAAGUUGUGAAAAGACUCCUUCUAAUUGUUUAUCAUGCUAAGAAGGUCGAAUCACUCAACUUUGCAUUUGUUAAGAGGGGUAUUUUGAAAGUGGAUAACCUCAUUGUGAUUAAUGUUCGUUUUAAUGUAAAACAUGCAAAAAUUCCCCAAAGAAUUGUUUAAGUUGUAAAGGAGAUCGUAUUAACAUACCUAUUUGUUCAUGUCCUGAUGGAUAAUAUGAUGAUUACUUGAAUGAUUCUUGUUAGGGUUGUAACUGGUUAUGCUAAACUUGCAACUUAAAUGGCUGUCUAACAUGUAAAGCCAAUAGGAUCUUAUCUCCUGAAAUGUCUUGUGAUUAGCCACUAGGUUCAGUGAGCUAUCCUGAUACUCCAUGGUGUUCAACUUGUUAAGUUGCUGUACUCAAAAUUAGGUUCUCUGAUGACUUACUGUCCAUAUAGGUCAAAUUUGAUUUUUCCUUGAAUCCAAAUUUUUUCAUUACUCAAUUUUAAGAGAAUAUUUGUAAAAAAAUAUUAGAAGAUCAAACUUAUCAAUUACUUGGUAGGAAUCCUAAUUGUUAUAUUGAUCCUAAUGAUGAUACCAUAAUAAUAUUAGAGGUAGGAUAAUAGCCUAAGAUUCUUCCAGGAGAUUUAAUCUUGUUCUAAGGAAACCAUUUGGGCCAUUAAGGUUGCGAUUAGCCUUUAACUGUUUUUAUCUUUAAUGAAAUUAAAAGCCCCAUAAAUCCUGUGUCUCCUAUUCUAAUAUACGAUGAACCUACUUAGUUAAUAAAUCCUUGUGAUGAUAAUAUAAUACCUUUGAAAUCAAUAUUAAAUGAUGGAUUUAGAAGUUUGGUUGAAAUAAAAUGGACCUAUUUUGUAAUUGGACCUAAUGGCAAUGGUGAGCUUGAUAACUUUAUUGCUUCAUAAACAAAAUACUAAAUUUUAGAAUUGGUAAUCCCAUUUGAAACUCUACCAAAAUAAUCCAAUAUUACAUUCGAAAUAGAAUUUCAAAAUUUUGUUGCAAAAUUAGGUGUUCAAUAAAUUAGAUUGUAAACCAAUUCUGGUCGUUUUCCAACUAUUUUUUGGGUUUCAAAACCUACAUAUUAUACCUUUGAACCUAUUGUUUUGGAAUUUAAAAUUAAAAAAAAGGCUUGUUCCGAUAUGAAUGCUACUUAAGUUGAUAACUCUUAAUUUUCUUUAUCAUUAGUUGAAGUGCAUAGAAAUGAUUCCAAUUCCAGGUCAUCAAGAGUAAAUUAUUCAGAAAUCACAAGUCAACAUAGUUUUAUUGUUACUAUUGAAAGAUAUACUUUAACUCCAAUGGUUGCAUACACUUUUGAAUAAACAACAAGUGAUAUAAUAGUAAACUUUUCAACUAAGAGAAAUAUUACAAUUGAAGUUAGCUCAGGAGGUAUUAUUUGUCAAUUUAAUGGUACCAAAAAGAUUUAGAAUCAUAGAAAAGAUACUUAAAUAUUCAUCUCAUGUAAAGAUUUAGAUACUUAAUACAAGUGGAAUUAGGAUCCUAAUAUUGAAAUUGAUGUCUAAUGUGUUGACUUUAAUAUGAAUUCCCUCUGUGUGGAUAUAUAAAACAAAAUAAUCCAAAUUAAUAAAACUGAUACUUUCUAAGCCAUUCCAAAAUACACAAUAUAUCCUUAUACUAUUUAAAGUUGGACAGUAGUGGCUACAAAACAAUCACGCUAAUAUAAAUUUGAAUAAAAAUUAGUCUAUAUAGAUGAAAAUUUUGAAUUAUUGAAUGUCACCUACAAUUAAGGAUAUCUAAUGAGACCAGUCAAUAACUACGAAAAUUUGGAGUUCAUCAUUAAUAUUCCUUUUCAUGAUAGGUAGUAUCUUCUUGAGUAUCAAGUUGCUAUCAUUUAUAAUUUCGAACUCAUAAAGAUAUUGCAAUCUGAAUACUUUUAAUUCUAAUUUAAUAUAUUUGAUUAUUAUUAGAAAUUUUCAGAUGGAAAUACAAUUAAUUUGAAAUUUUUGGCGUAGUUUACUAAUGAGAUCAUACCUUGCCAAGAGGAUUUACAAAUAAUGAUUAAUUUACCUCCUUCCUGUUUUGUGAGCUUGAGUGAAUAAAUAGUUCAAGCAUUAAAACCUUUAAAGAUAAUUACAAAUUGCCAUUUUUCUAAUGCAGCUCCAUAUACUUACCAAUUAAGAUAUUUUCUUCAUAAUUAAGAUUUAAUUGAUUUUUUGGAUCGAACAAAUGAUUAUUCAUUAAUCUUGAGUAGUUAUUCAAACUCAUAUAUUAUUCAAGGCUCUUUUCCAUUUUCUGAUGGCAUUCUUUUAAUAUAAGCAAUGGAUUCUAAGGGAUCAUACUCAAAUAUUUAGAAAUAGUUAAAUAUAACUUAGACUGUGCUUAAUUGUUCCUUGAUAAACAUUCAGCAAUAUACUUUAAGAUAUUAAAUUUCAUUAUUAUUAGAAAUCAUAAUGAACCAUAAAGCAUAAUAAAGUUGUAUUGAUCUUUCCAAAUAGUUAUACUCAAAUAUCAAAACCUUUUUAGAUGCAGAAGAGAAUGAUGAUCAAUUAUUAGUUUAUCAAACCGUGAAACUCUAUAAAAGAAUAAUCCAAGAUCAUGAUAAUUCAAACUCCAAAAAGAGAUUAUUAAAUUGA